GCGCAGAACUCACCGAGCAGCACCGGAGACACUUCCGUUACCGAGACCUCAGCACGGCGGAGCGGCCCGCACACACAGAGACACGAUGUCUGCAGACAUGGCCACAGAUCACGUGAACGGGAACGGGACGGAGGAGCCGAUGGACACCACGGCCGAGCCGACCCGCUCAGAACACCUGCCGGCUCUGCUGGAGGCCGGCCUACCGCAGAACGUGGCCGAGAAGCUGGAUGAACUCUACGUAGCAGGCCUAGUAGCACAUAGUGACCUAGACGAGAGAGCUAUUGAAGCUUUGAAAGAGUUCAAUGAGGAGGGAGCCCUGCAAGUGCUGGUCCAGUUCAAAGAGAGUGAUCUGUCACACGUGCAAAACAAAAGUGCCUUUCUCUGUGGGGUGAUGAAGACUUACAGGCAGAGGGAGAAACAAGGGACUAAAGUUUCAGAAUCCACUAAAGGACCAGACGAGGCUAAAAUCAAAGAACUCCUGGACAGAACCAACUACACACUUGACGUCACAACAGGCCAGCGGAAGUAUGGCGGGCCUCCACCGGAGUCUGUGUACUCGGGCGCCCAACCCAACGUUGGAACAGAGAUAUUUAUCGGGAAGAUUCCCCGCGACUUGUUUGAAGACGAGCUGGUUCCUCUCUUUGAGAAGGCCGGUCCAAUCUGGGACCUGAGGCUAAUGAUGGACCCGCUGAGUGGCCUGAACCGAGGCUACGCCUUCGUCACGUUCUGCACGAAAGAAGCGGCCCAGGAGGCGGUGAAGCUGUGCAAUAAUCAUGAGAUUCGCCCUGGCAAGCACAUCGGUGUGUGUAUAUCUGUCGCCAACAACCGGCUAUUCGUUGGCUCCAUUCCCAAGAGUAAAACAAAGGAGCAGAUUGUUGAAGAGUUUUCUAAAGUUACAGAGGGCCUCAGUGACGUCAUACUGUACCAUCAACCCGACGACAAAAAGAAGAACCGGGGCUUCUGCUUCCUGGAGUACGAAGACCACAAAACGGCGGCCCAGGCUCGCCGCCGGCUAAUGAGCGGCAAGGUGAAGGUCUGGGGCAACGUGGUGACGGUGGAGUGGGCCGACCCCAUCGAAGACCCAGACCCGGAGGUCAUGGCCAAGGUCAAAGUUUUAUUUGUGAGGAAUCUUGCCAAUGGCGUCACAGAGGAGCUUCUGGAGACGUCCUUCAGUGAGUUUGGAAAACUGGAGCGAGUUAAGAAGCUGAAAGACUACGCCUUCAUUCACUUUGAAGAGAGGGACGGUGCAGUGAAGGCGCUGGAGGAGAUGAAUGGAAAGCCGCUGGAGGGAGAUCGGAUCGAGAUUGUUUUCGCAAAGCCGCCCGAUCAGAAACGGAAGGAACGCAAAGCACAGAGACAAGCAGCCAAAACAGUAAUGUACGAUGACUAUUACUACUACCCUCCUCCCUCCCACAUGCCUCCUCCGGUCAGAGGCCGGGGCAGAGGCGGCAACCGUGGCGGCUACGCUGCUUACCCCCCCGACUACUACGGGUACGAGGACUACUACGACUACUACGGCUACGACUAUCACAACUACCGUGGCGGCUACGACGACCCCUACUACGGCUACGACGACUACCAGUCCCCGAGCCGAGGGCGCGGCGGCGGCAGCAGGGGCUCCCGGGGAUCCUCUCCAGCCAGGGGACGUGGAGGCAGCGGUGGCGUCGGAGCACCCAGAGGGAGGUCCAGCUUCUCCCAGCGGGGCGGGCCCGGACCGGGCCGCGGCGGGCGGGGAGCAAGAGGAGGCCUGCCGCCGAGAGGGCGAGGAGGGCAGGAAAAAGGGGUCGAGGCCGGUCCUGACGAGUCGCUAUGAGGACUGACCGGCGUUUGGCGUCACACACACACACUGCCGGCUGCCAAGUGGAUGGAAUGGUAAGGUCACCUGACUCAGUGGUCCAAUGGUAUUCCAGCCUUUAUUCUUUUAUUUUAUUUUCUUUGUUAAGGAGCAGAUCUCCUGUAAAAAAAAAAAGAAACUGCCAUGUUAGAAGAUAAUCAGAGGAGGAAAUCUUGAGCUUGCUUUUUGUUUUUUAAAUUAAGUUUAUAAUCCCCCCCCAACCUCCCCAGAGUCUGCCGUUUGAGACUUCCUGAGUAGGAGUUCAUGACGGACAUCCUUCUGGAAAAGUCUUUGCACUUUUUAUAGUUUGGAGUGCUCUUUAAUGCUGUUAUUUUUUUUGUAGUUUCUUUGAGCUCUUAAACUACAUCGUAAUGAUGGACUAGACGUGAUGAUCUGUGAUUAUCAGAGGUGUUGAAGGUCGGGUAUUCCAGGAGAACGGGUUCUCUAAGAGCCUAAACCACCGCGGGUCCGUUAACUACCUCAGGUUUAAGGACUCCCCUGCUCUGCCCCCCCCCCCCCAUGUUUGUACUUAAUGUUAUAUGCACAGGCAACAACAACAACAACGGAGCACUUAAUGAAUUUUAGCUCCAAGUGGAGACGUAGCUGCAGCCGUGUUAGCUGGUCCUCCUGAAAGGAGCCUGAACAAGUCUGACGACGGCGUAUUAGGUUUAAAACAUAUAUAUGGUUACAGAGCCGGAAGAGGGGGGAGAUACUGUGAGAGAUAACUCAGAAAUUCAGAGGUUCAAGUUGUGAAUUUAAAAAAAGAUCGAGUCAAAAAUCUAUAACAAAAAAACUCAGAAACUGUUAAUUUUCUUUGUUACAAGGAACCUCAUCAGACUGCUGUUUGUUGUGUUUUGUGGAUGAUGUAAUCAAAUUAUACUUUGUAGUCGGAUUUAGCCACAAAUGUAUAUAUUAAUUGCAGAGAAUUGUGUCUAUUCAGAAGAAAACAACACUGAUGUGGAUGAGGAACUACAGCACAGUGGACAGAUGAUGUAUCUCAACAUGUUCCAAACUGUAUUCCAGUUAACAGGCAGCUUUUACGAGGUGACGGUGUUGAUCUGACCUUAGAUAAGCGAUGUGGUUCCUUGACAAAAAAAAUCCACACCCACAAUAUUCUCUCAUAAAUUUGUGCGUAUUUUCGUUAAUUACCACUUAAUUUGAAGAGAAUAUCAAUGUUGUUUCUUGUAAAUUUACUACUUAAAUCAGGAAAAUUAAGAUAUUAUUUUUCUGAAUAUUACCUCCCUUUUUACCUACAGAUUUCUUAUUCAUUUCUGACUUUGUAAUCUCCAAAAAUACUCUUAUUUUCCCUCUUAAAUGUGUUUUUUUGUUGUUAAUCAAACAUUUUAUUUGCAGAUAAUUUCCCAGUUUUUUUCCAAUAAAUUUAACACUUAAAUCUAUAUUUCCAGAUAAUAUCCCAUUUUCUUUCCAUCGAUUUGCCAUUUAAAUCUAUGAAAUUCAGAUUUUUUUCUAUGAAUAUUACCCUCCCUCCCCUGGCUCUGUAAUUUAAAAUAUAAAUAUAUAUAUUUUACCUUUAAUGGCCCUAAUAUGUCGUCGUACUGUCUUGAUACAUGAACUGAGUGAUGAUGUAGUUUAGACAGAUUCUUUUGAAACUGUUAUUUUUCUUUGUGAAAUCAAAAAAUGCCUGGAAAACCACCGACAUCCUUUUGUCUUCCACGAUGGGAAACGUAUUGUUUCUUCUGUCUUAUUUGUGUUAUUUGUGUUUGUAACCAUCGAUGUAAGGAUGAUUACAAAGUCUCGGUCCGUCUGCUCCGCACAAACAUCUGUGAUGUCCUUUUUAUUUUAUUCUCUCUAAGCAGGUCUGGAAGGAAAUGAAUUCACUUUCAGCUCCUGAAAAGUUUAGGAAUCAAACUAAACAUGGCAAAAAAAAAAAAAAAAAAAAAAAAAGCAUGGUUAUACAUUUCACAUUGUAUGUCGCUGUCGACUGAUUAUCAUGCCAUAAGUGUGGUUGUGACAAAUUUAUUCUAGAGUAAACUGGUGUUAAUUCAUGUCUUUUCUCUAUCAGUGUAAACAUUAUAUUGGAAAUCAAAAUGUUUAUUUAGGAUUUAAAGGAGCAAAUCCAUCUGAAUAUUUGAGCUUUUAGGGGAAAUAACAGGCUUUGGUUGUGAAACUGAGUGAAGAUUCACCUGCAGACACAAAUUAUCACCCAGACAGCUUCCAACUACUUCAUAGCUAGUUCUGAAUUCCUCAGCAAGUUCUCUACUUUCAAUUUAAUAGUGAAUAAAAAUCAUUAAAGUCCAAACACAUUCUAAAUUAUCAGUCUGCGUUAUUCUGUAUUUUUCUUUCUGUCAACAACAAAUCCCCUCAAAAGACAAAAAAACUAAAACACAAAUUGUUCCUACUCAAAUUUUUAAAAACACAAAUAUAUAGUUUAAUCAGUCAUCUCCUGAAAAACAGCUUGUAAAUGUAGUUUUUAUCCCAAAAAGUAUGUAGUAUAUCUUUAAAAUGCCUAAAUGAGGGAAUGGAACACUUGAAUAUUUCACAAUUAAUGCUAAACACGAGUAAUGUAUUUGUUGGGGACUAUUUUCAGCGGCGGAUUAAUCCACAUUUGGUGCUCUAGAGAGUGUUUGUAUUUGGGAUUGAGUCUAAAUCAGGCCGUGGUUCUCACACAAUACUUGUUUUCACUGUUUUUAUGGGAUUUUGUUGUCAAGAAAAGUAUAGAACAUCAUCAAACUUGUUUCACUGUUUUAAAUUCAGUGACCCUUUUCUGUGGGUGGUGAAGGGCAUUCUGGGAAUUGUAGGAAAAUCCCAGAAUGAAGCCGUUUGAGUUCAACACAAAGUAACUAUUCUUCUACAGCGUCUGAAGAUGGAUUUCCUCCUUUAAACUCUUGUUUCUUAAACAUCAUUAGUGUUUAGUCGUCUUUAAAUUUCUGUUUUGUAACGUUUGCCAUGAAAUCUGACUCAUGUUUUUAGAAUUCUUCCAGUUCAGAAACGAUUGUGCAGCUUGUUCUUUCUCUUUUUACCGGAUUUGUGAAAAAGAGCCAGAUUACUUCUUUUUUUUUUUUUUUUUUUUUUCAUAUUAGUAUUGACUCUGUUGGAUCACCAAUCUUAAGGGUCAAGAAUUAUAUAUAUAUAAAUGUGUAUAUAUAUAUAUAUAAUUUGUUUUGCUAACAAGUGUGUUUGCAUUCUUGCAAAUGAAUUGUUUUAUACUGUACAGUGAGGUAAGGUAAACCUAUUUUUCUAAUAAAGUUAUUGACUUUGA